AUGAAAGCUACUAUGUUACUCAGCCCUAUUGCUUUAGGCCUCUUGUCCUAUAAGUACUUGAUACACCAUGGAGUCCCGUCUUCCUUAUUUUAUAAGUCAGACACUAAUGAUCCAGGUCCAGCGACAAUUGCCAGUCCAGCGGCAAACGGCGUGUCGAGAGCUGUGGUUGUCAACCCUCGCGCGCUGCCAGACGCCCCCAAUGGCUAUGCUCCAGCCUUUGAUAACCGCACGGAUGGUGCAACUGGUAAAGGCCAGAUGGGUGGUCUGCAGUCGGCCACUUAUGUUGCCGCCCUCAGCGGAGGUUCCUGGGCGCUGGGCUCGAUCUUUGUUAACAACUUUACGUCGGUUGCUGAGUUGCAAGCUAACUUCUGGAACUUUUCCUCCGAGUCCAUUUUCGUAGGCCCAGGUACUAUGGAUCCUGUACAGUACUGGGGUGACAUCACAGCCCAAGUCAAAAUGAAAAGGGCCGCUGGUUUUGUGACUAGUAGCCCAGAUUUUUGGGGUCGCAUGCAAGGCUACUAUUUUUUCAAUGCUAGUGACGGUGGAGUUGACCUCACUUGGUCCUCUAUCGCAAAGACUCAGGCCUUCCAAGAGGGUGUUAUGCCCUUGCCUCUGGUGGUUGUUGAUGGCCAGUAUUUCAACCAGUCUGAUGAAUUGCCAACCCCUAAACAGCCCGUAUAUGAGAUUUCUCCUUGGGAGUUCGGGACUUUUGAUGAAUCAAUCUAUGGAUUCGCGCCACUGGAGUACCUGGGCUCUCGGUUUGUGAAUGGCGUGGUACCAGAGAAUGAGACCUGCGUGCGUGGCUUCGAUAACGCUGGUUUCAUCACUGGCACGUCGAGUGACAUAUACAAUGAGAAUGGCAGGGACAUCGCGGUUACCUUGAAUGAUAGCAUAUCUUUGCUCUCGAGUAAUACUUCUGAAGGCUCGGCCAUGGUAGAAUUGCUUUCUAAUGAUAUACAACAAUACCUCAGCGCCGUCAGCUCGAAUAGCUCGAGGACGAAUGGUCCUGCAGCCUACGAUCCCAACCCUUUCUACCAGUACAACCAGGACUCAUCACCAUUUGCACAUGACACGAGACUAACUGUAGUUGAUGGUGGCGAGGACGAACAAAACAUACCGCUCAACCCGCUCAUUCAGAGGAAGCGCAACGUCGAUAUUAUCUUUGCUGUUGAUUCCAGCGCCAACGCCCAUGUCAUUUGGCCCAACGGCACCGCAAUGAUUGCCACUUAUGAGCGUACUCUUGCCGGAUAUGCCAACGAUACAUCCUUUCCAUCAAUUCCGGACGCAAACACCUUUGUCAACCUAGGCCUGAACAACCACCCGACCUUCUUCGGCUGCAACAUCACCUACAUAUCGAACGUUUCCGAGUAUGUCACCAGUUACAACACCACAGCGCGCGACGACAUGAUCUUGAAUGGCUAUAACAUUGUCACCCAGGCCAAUGGCACCCUAGAUUCCAACUAG